AAUCAAUAAAAGGUCACAAAGAUUCAGUUUUAGAAAUUUUUAAAAAACUAUAUUUUUAAUUGAUGAAUCAGUUUCCAAACAGUCGAUCAGUUUUCAUCUGAUUCAAUAAAUCAACUUACAGACUGAAACAGACGAGUCAUUAUUUAAUGGAGUCUGUUUCCAAGGUGACGUGUUGUUGUUAAUUACAGAUAAAUGCCACAGACAAAAUCAAAUGUUAAAAUAUUAUCAAUAAUGUAACAGGAACAGAUUUCAUCUGUUCAUUCAGCUGUUAACUGAAUUAUUAUUUGUUGUGAUGUUCUGUGUCAGUGCUGAUCGUUUAUACCGAUGAAGCUUUACUCUCACACACAUCACUAAACAUGUGAAAUGCUGAAUCACUCUGAUCCUGAAUUAUUUAUAACAACAACAGAUUUAUAGAAUCAGUAUUUAAAUUAAUAAGUUUCCUCUGAUCUGUAAAUCUUCCUGUGCUGGAUCAAUAAAGUUCAUCUGAGCUGAAGUUAAUGACACUCAGCUCUUUGUUUGUAUUCAGGAUGUAUGAACUGUGUUUUUGUUUUUUGUUUUGUUUUAACUUCCAGAAGUUGUUGAGAUGUGACAUCAUCCUGUAGCCAGCAGCCAAUCAGCAGCAGAGUCUGAGUCAGGUGACGGUGAGUCAGCGGCUCUGUGAAGUGACUCAGAGUCACAAGAUGAAGUUCAGGCGUCCUCCCUGCGAACACAGGCUCUCUGUUACUGUUACUGUUACUGCAGCUGAUCCUUUAAUAUCAGACGGCUUCAUUCAAUCAGGUGACUCGCUGUGACACAUGGACCUCACUGAACAGAAGCUUCUGGAAACAAAACAGGAGGCGUGUGCUUCAUGGAGACUCAGGUCAGGUAAACUAACAGAGUGUAAUCACAGACAGAAGAAGCAGCACAGAUUUUCAGCAGCCAUGAAUAAAAUCAGGACGUGGUUCAACAGAGCAAAGAAGAAACAGGAAGUAGAAAACGAGCUGGUGAUUCAACCUUUGACCCCGGAGAGAAGACGUCAGGCCUCCCAUGAUGUCCCUGUCGUCAUGGAGAUGCUGAACUCCACCCAGAGAGAUCUGGACGGAGGUUUGAUCCAGUCUGAUCUGAUACAGACCACCAGACUGAGCAUGCUCAGGGAGCUCCUGCAGGGAGACACCUCACAGGAACAGGAAGUCUCUGAUGUCCAACGACAACAUUACAGAACAACGAUAUCAGCUCCACUUCCUGUCUGGAGGUCACCGUUACAGGUGGAACAGGUGGAACAGGAAAAAGAGGUACAGCAGGUGACAGGUGACGAGAUGCAGACAGAGCUGACCUCAGAUCUCAAAUCUGACAUCAUCAGCCUCACCCCAUCAGUGUCCUACCCUGGACUUCCUGCCCGACUCUUCCUGAAGAUGAGAGACGCCUGCUCCGCCCCCUCCUCUCCCCACCCCAGGGGGAGGAGGAGGCUCCCCUGCUCCCUGCCCUGCUCCCCUCUGCUGGGGGGGAGACGCUGGAGGUCCUCUGACUCCGCCCCCUCUCUGCCCUCGCCUUUGUCCCGUCUCUGGGUGGAAGCUGCUCUGCAGAGAAGCAAAAACAUCCGCCCCCCUCCCCCACCCUCCCCACAGGUGGGACAGGAGGGGCAGGUAGAGGGGGGGACAGAGGAGGAAAGUGAGGAGGAGGAGGAGGAGGAGGAAGAUAACCAGGUGAUCAUUGUUGGGAUCAGGAUGUCGGACACCGACUCAGAGACGUGGAGGUACUGUCUGCUGACCCCCUGCGUCUGCUCCAGGUGUCCGAGCGCUCCUCCGUACGAAGGUCAGGUUUUCUCACCUGGAAACAGUCGAACAGAUCCUUCACUCAGGUCUGAGGAUCAGACUCAGCUGUGUCAGAGGACGGACACCCAGAGGACGGAGACCCAGAGGACAGAGACCCAGAGGAUGGAUAUCCAGAGGACAGAGGUCCAGAGUGUCCCUGCAGACAGAGUUCCACAGCAGGGUGAAAGCUCCCGUCUGUACCCCAGUCUGAGUCAGUGGAGGAUCACAGCUGACGCUCAGACUGAACUGAACAGGAAACAGGAAGUAAACUGCUUCAGCUGCCAGCUGGACACCAACACUGCCCAGUCCUGUUUCCAUGGCAACACUGAUGAUCAUCUGCAGCGUGUCUGUGAGACGACCUCAGAUUCACCAGGUGACGUCUGGACUUUCUGUUUUGAUGAUCUGAACUUCUUCCUGAGGAAAGUGUUUGAUUCCACCACCUGCAGCAGAACGACAGUUCGUCAUGUUGAAUCCUGCAGCUUCUGUUCAUACACACUGAGUGACCGAGUCACCAAACAUCUCUGCAACAACUGCGACCAGGUGUUCUGUGGACGCUGUCUGUCUCACUUUGUCUCGUUACUUCAGAUCCAUCAGUUCAGUCAAACUGCUGCAGUCUGAAGACGACCGACAGGUUACCUGUCUGUCAUCCAGGUGUUCCACCUGUCACAGAAACACCUGUGCUGUUGGUAAUAAAAACCUGAUUAAACUUUC